AUGGCUGCCUCACAUGAGACCCACCAGACCACCCUAUCGUCUUCCUCAGGGUUGGACGAUGACACCAAGGAAAAGCGGAGCUUGGGCGCCUAUAUCUACAAUUCCUGGGUGCUGAAUAUCUACGACAUCUGGGUCCUCGGCAUUAGCAACAGCUAUGCCUGGCGCUGUCCAACCUCGAGCAUCCUGCUCCCCUUUUUCAAGGCCAAUUUCUCGUCAAAUCACUUGGAUGUCGGCGUAGGAACGGGAUACUUCCUUGCGAAGGCCGUUUUGGACCAGCCCACCACCCCAAGUGCCGACAGAUACAACACUCAACAGAUCACACUUGUUGAUCUGAACCCUAACUGCCUAUCCACUGCAGCAGCACGCAUCAAAGCUGCGCAGCCCACACUCGCCCCGGCCCGGACCGUUGCAGCGGAUGCAUUCGAGACUUUACCUCUAAAGUCGAGCAAUGGAAGCGUAGGAGAUGAGGCAACGGGAAAAGAGAAGUUCGACUCGAUCUCCCUGUUUUACUUGCUGCAUUGUGUCCCAGGACCUUGUUCCGCCAAAUCCCGUAUCUUUGAGAAUCUCAAAACGCACCUUACUGCGGAUGGCACCUUGUAUGGCGCAACUAUCCUGGGCCAGGGUGGGAAUGUCCACUUCAACUGGUUCGCGAGUGCUUUGAUGGGUUCGUACAAUAAGAAAGGGAUUUUUUCAAAUUCUGGGGACACGGAGAAGCUGUUUGUCGAGGCGCUGGAGAGGAACUUUGAAAAGGUGGAAUCAAGAGUGGAGGGCUGUGUUUUGCUUUUCAAGGCUUCGAAGCCAAUAGUAUGA